AUGCGCUCAUAUUCUUUCCUCUUGGGUCUUUUGGCCAUUCCGGCUGCUCUUGCAGCGGAUUGCUACGGCUCAGGAAACCCUGGCCUUCCUGCUUCUGACUUCCAGCAGGUGGCAGAUCAGGUCUGCAAUGUCGGACCGGACGCAAGCGCUCAAUUUGGCAACAAUGUCAUCCAGGCUCAUUACGAGGGAAACGCCAAGAUCCAUUGCCGUGAUGCUUUCAGUAAUAUUAUAUCUCAGUGUGUAGGCUCACGCAAUGGGGGCCAGUGGACGUGGAAUUAUAACGGUGUUCAGGAGCUUUACUACAUACAGGCGAUCACGCUUUAGGAGGAUGUAGACAAGACAAAAUGCUAUGCAUAUAGCACCGGUCAUAAACUCCUAAAGAUGUUGUUACUGAUGUGGGGCUGCGCAUUCAUUCUCAGAAUAGGCUAGAGAAAUUCUUAUGUGUAUAUAGUAUCUAUUACCAGGGACAGAAUCGCAAACUUGAGACACAAACGAAUAUAGGAAGUCAG